AUGCCACACUCGUACCGCUCGUAUUUUGACCUGUCACUACCAAAUGAGAUGUUUUGUGUGUGUGUUAUUGAGUCCUCUAAAAGCGUACUUGACGUAGACUAUUUCCUCUGUGAACGCCAAGCUACGCUGAGAGCGGAGGUGAGGGUGGGUUGCAGCAGUGCAUCAUCAUCAUCAUCAUGGACCGCCCGAGGAGCCAACAGCAACCUGAGGUGUCGACAGCCCACCUGUAGCAUUAACAUGGCACAUUCCACGGAGGGGAUCAAAGACCGGAGAGGAAGCGAAAGUGGUACGUAGACUGUUGUUGGCAUUUUAUUUAGGCUAGAAAUGGAGCUUGAGCAACAGGUGGACGAUGUAGCGGCCUAUGCAAAUGAGUAGCCUAUUAAAUAAAUAGGCAUUAUUAUUGCCUGUGACACACAAUUAUCUGAAAUUCAUAAUGAUUGCCACUCCAGCCUAAUUGUGCAUAGCCUGCAGACUACAGUCACUGUGUUACUGAACAGGAUAUUCUAGUCAUUACAUCUCCAUUAAUAAUGAGAUUUGAGAACAAUGCAAUUUUGCACUAGGUGUGUUCAGGGUGUGUUGAGGAUUCACACUUGUCAAAAUGAACAGGCCUAGGCUCAUUCAGUUCCACUGAGAGAUCUUUGUCUUCAGUCUGUCCAGGUUUGUCAUCUUCAGUACAGUCACGUUGUCAGUGUUGUGUGUGUAAAAGAGAUCCCUUUUUCAUGGGUAUGUAUUAUAAUUACAGUAUUUUGUUCUCUCUAGUAGAUGUGCUUAAUUUUGCAUGGAGAUGAGGAAGUGUAGCAUCUAGUCUGUAUUCUAUCUCAAGCAUUGUUAUUUGUGUAGCCUGGUCGUUGAUAGUAUGUGUGUGUGUAUAUAUAUAUGCAUGCCAUAUAGCAGAAGCUUUUAUCCAAAGCGACUUAGUCAUGCGUGCAUCAAUUUUACGUAUGGGUGGUCCCGGGAAUCGAACCCACUACCCUGGUGUUACAAGCGCCAUGCUCUUCCAACUGAGCGACAAAGGACUUCUCUGCAUAAGUAUGCAAUGUGAAAUGUUUUGUCCUUGCCUUACUGUGAAGCUACAGUGCCUUUGGAAAGUAUUCAGACCCCUUGCUUUUUUCCACAUUUUGUUACGUUACAGCCUUAUUCUAAAAUUGAUUCAAUUGUUUUUUUCCCCCUGAUCAAUCUACACUCAAUACCCCAUAAUGACAAAGCAAAAAUAGGUUUUUUGAAAUGUUUGCAAUUUUAUUACAAAUAAAAUGAAAAACAUCCCCACAGCUUGAUGCUGCCGCUACCAUGCUUCACCGUCCUCCAGACGUGACGCUUGGCAUUCAGGCCAAAGAGUUCAAUCUUGGUUUCAUCAGACCAGAGAAUCUUGUUUCUCAUGGUCAGAAUCCUUUAGGUGCCUUUUGGCAAACUCCAAGCUGGCUGUCAUGUGCCUUUAACUGAGGAGGGGCUUCUGUCUGGCCACUCUACCAUAAAGGCCUGAUUGGUGGAGUGCUGCAGAGAUGGUUGUCCUUCUGGAAGUUUCUCCCAUCUCCACAGAGGAGCUAUGUCAGAUUGACCAUCGGGUUCUUGGUCACCUCCCUGACCAAGGCCCUUCUCCCCGAUUGCUCAGUUUGGCAGGGAGGCCAGCUCUAGGAAGAGCUUCUUCCAUUUAAGAAUGAUUGAGGCCACUGUGUUCUUGUGGACCUUCGAUGCUGCAGACAUUUUUUGGUACCCUUCCCCAGAUCUGUGCCUCGACAAAAUCUUGUCUCGGAGCUCUACGGACAAUUCCUUCGACCUCAUGGCUUGGCUCUGACAUGCACUGUCAACUGUGUGACGUUAUAGAGACAGGUGUGUGCCUUUCCAACUCAUGUCCAAUCAAUUGAUUUUACCACAGGUGGACUCCAAGUUGUAGAAACAUCUCAAGGAUGAUCAAUGGAAACAGGAUGCACCUGAGCUCAAUUUCAAGUCUCUUAGCAAAGGGUCUGAAAUACUUAUGUAAAUAAGGAAUAUAUUUUUUACAUUUUUAAUACAUUUGCAAACAUAGAUUGCUGUGGAUUUUUAAAUUGUUUUAAUCCAUUUUAGAAUAAGGCUGUAACGUAACAAAAUAUGGAAAAAGUCAAGGGGUCUGAAUACUUUCCGAAGGCACUGUAUACCAAACACAGGAAACAUAGGCUCCUACUACUUUCAGGAACUGUGACAAUCAUUCACAUGCCGGCCACCAGUAGUAGAAAUUACCAAAUACUUAUAUAAAAAAAAAAAAAAAAAAACACUACCGUGAGGAAAUGACGAAGAAGUGCAGUGUCAUUUCAGCUUCUUACCAAAAUGGAGAAUAAGAAUGACAAAUGAUUUACUGCUUGUCCAGUCAGUGAACGCCCGGCUGGCUAAACGAACCGUUACCGGGAUUAAUGAUCAUCAAUGUUGUCAUGGCAACGGGUGUUCAUUUUCUUUCCUGGUGGCUGAGGAGUUUAGAUAUUAAAAUAAGCGCUUCAGUAGCACAGCAACAAACUGUGUGUGACUCACAUGACGACAACCUCUUGAUCGGGUUAAAGCUGCAUGGGGACUGUGACUUGGGGCUUUAGGUGAGUUCAGUCAGUGGGAAAUCACUGUUAAAUGGGGUUUUAUAUAUAUACUGAACAAAAAUAUAAAUGCAACAUGCAAUAAUUUUAAAGAAUUACAGUUCAUAUAAGGAAAUCCGUCAAUUGAAAUGAAUUUAAUUAGGCCCUAAUCUAUGGAUUUCACAUGACUGGGAAUAAAGAUUAUACAUCUGUUCGUCAUAGAUACCUUUAAAAAAAUAAAAAAAGGGCAGUGGAUCAGAAAACCAGUCAGCAUCUGGUGUGACCACUAUUUGCCUCCUGCAGCGCGACACAUCUCCUUCGCAUGGAGUUGAUCAGGCUGUUGAUUGUGGCCUGUGGAAUAAUGUCCCACUCCUCUUCAACGGCUGUGGAAUAAUGUCCCACUCCUCUUCAAUGGCUGUGGAAUAAUGUCCCACUCCUCUUCAACGGCUGUGAGAAGUUACUGGAACUGGAACAUGCUGUCGUACACGUCGAUCCAGAGCAUCCCAAACAUGCUCAAUUGGUGACAUGUCUGGUGAGUAUGCAGGCCAUAGAAGAAUUGGGACAUUUCGAGCUUCCAGGAAAUGUGUACAGAUCCUUGCAACAAUUCUCUGGCAACAGCCCUGGUGGACAUUCCUGCAGUCAGCAUGCCAAUUGCACGCUCCCUCAACUUUAGACAUCUGUGGCAUUGUGUUUUGUGACAAAACUGCACAUUGUAGAGUGUCCUUUUAUUGUCCCCAGCACGAUGUGUAAUGAUCAUGCUGUUUAAUCAGCUUCUUGAUAUGCCACACCUGUCAGGUGGAUGGAUUAUCUUGGCAAAGGAGAAAUGCUCACUAACAGGGAUGUAAACAAAUGUGUGCUCAACAUUUGCGUGAAAUAAGCUUAUUGUGCAUAUGGAACAUUUCUGGGAUCUUUUAUUUCAGCUCAUGAAACAUGGGACCAACACUUUACAUGUUACGUUUUUAUAUUUUUGUUCAGUGUAGUCAUAUAAAUAUAAGUGUUCUCCUUUUCUCUGGUAGCACUUGGUGACUAUUGCUUUGUGCCAGGGGCAGUGUAUCCAUCUACCCAUGCUCUCUCUCCACACACACACACACACACACACACACACACACACACACACACACAUGGCACCAUAGUAUCUCUUCCAGUUCUGGCCAGAGACCUUGAACUCUCCUCUGAACUGAGGUCUUUUAUCACACAGACUGUUUCCAUCAGAUCCAGAUCCGAGCAGCAUGUGGUGCAGCCAGUCAGGAUGCUCCACACACUGACUCGGCAACACUGGAACUUUACAUGACUGUGCCGCUUUUGACUGACCACAGUAAAACUAAAAGUACAGUCUAAGGGUUUUUAGAAGCUUGUGUCAAUGCAAUACAAGAAAAGCACUGUCAGAACAAAUUCAUUCACUUAGCAUUGACAUUUUUUUUGGGCCAAAUGCAAUUCUAUUUCUAAGACUCCCAUUAAAAGAGAUGAUGCAGGGGUUUCUGAAACCGUCUUCAUUUCACCCUUCCUGUUCCUCUCCUGGACCUCAACAGUAAGGUCCCGUAUAGCCUAGCCUGAUUGGAGGGGCCCAGGCAGGCACACGGUACAGGAGGCUCGUUCAGAUUUCAGGCUGUGUUUGUGGAUUCAGUUUCAGCCUGGUUACUGUCCGGUUCCUCUCUCACCUCCCUGUAUGUUUCUGCUUCAUUGUUCCUGUUAUCUGAUGUCCUGAUGAGGGGAGGAGGAGGUGGUGAGGGAGGGGCAGGGGAGGUGUCUCCUACUUUCAUGGGUAAUAUACUGUUCUGGGUCAGUGAUUGGUCUGUUUCGCAGUAGUUAGGUUCUGGAGCUUGACUUUUUUGCUCUACUGACCUGUCAAACCAAAGCCCUCAAACUUAACUUGGACCUCGAAGCCAGUUCCACUGCAUUUUUUUUUUCAUUGUUCCCCUCUAAUCAGUGACAGAUUUAGACCCGGGACAUCAGGUGUGUGCAAUUAAUUAUCAGGUAGAACAGCGAACCGUCAGGCUCCGGACCUCGUAGGGUGAGAGUUGACUAUCUAUGGCUAAUGUUAUUCGAAAAUGUUGUACUGAAAGAGAAUAUGAAUGGAAUUUUUGAAAUGGGAAAAUUUGAAAUUAUUUGUUUCUGGCCAUUUACAGGCCAUCCAGACAACUAUCAACUUUUACUGUACCACAUAAUUUUAUUAUCACUACUAGUAGUGACUCUCGUCCAUAAUUCCUUGUUGGUUUCAGGUGCGGCUGGAGGUACCAUAAUGGCGAAUGGCACGGUCAGCUCAGACAACCAUAACCACCACCAUGAGCACAGCAAGCCCCCCCUCAUUCAGCACUCCCUGCACUAUGGCAACCCCCAGCAGGGCCACGAUGACCAGGACCGACACAGCCUAGCCUCCCAGGACUCUGGCAUCCCCACCCUGGAGAUCAACCACCCCGAGCACAUCCACGCCCAACCGCGCACAGGAGAGAGUGGCCUUACCCUGGGGUCGAACCACCACGACCAGGGCCCUGCUACCCUCUCUCUGGACCAGUCUGGAGACAGCGCAGGCCUCCGCAAGUCCUCCACCUUCCCCCGCAGUGGCUAUGACUCGGUGCGCCUCUUCAGCCCAGCCCCAAGGUCCGGCGCUGGCGGUGUGGGAGUCAUCACCACGGGGAUGGGCGGUGUAGGAGGGGGAACCCUGAACCGCAGUGACGACAUUUCGGUGAGCAGCGUGUCGAGCUUGAGCACGGAGCUCUCGGCCACGCUGUCGGCGUCCAACGAGGACAUCCCGGACUUCAUGGUCACCUCCGACUCCAGCGCCAUCGUCACCCUGGAGACGGACGAGGGCGACGCCGCCCAAUUCUCGGACGUCACGCUGUCGUCGUCACCGGGCGGUGACAUCGGAGGGGAUCUGUGGAGCCCACGGCGGAGACACCUGGGGCCGGGGGCAGAGGAGGGCAGGCCCAAGAGGCUGGGGCCGCUGGCUAGCUUCUUCAACAGGUACGAUGGAGGUUAUCACUCUGUGCCAUCUUCGACAGUCUAUUUGGGUCUGUGUGCAUAA